CAAUAAUUAUCUCCCUUGGCAUAACAACCCGACGCUUUCGAGUUAUCCUGUUUACAUUUGAACUAUGGGCAAUGUUUCCUCUUAUCUUGGCCACAGAUUAUUUGAGUCUGGUGUCAAAAGGAAACGAGAAUUUAUAUUAGAAGACAAUGAAACGGAUUUAGACAUUCCAAAAAGACGAAGGUUGAAAUCUACAACGAAACAUAUUUAUGAUACUCUUUUUGUAAAUGGGCAAGGCAGUGAUAUCACAAUCAAAGCAUUGGGUCAAGAAUGGCGCCUACACAAAAUGUAUAUAAGUCAAUCAGCCUACUUUGCUUGUAUGUUCAAUGGAUCAUGGAAAGAAUCUGAUGAAUCUGUCAUAAAUAUUGAUAUUGUUGAUCCCAAUAUUGAUGUCGAUGCUCUCAACAUUACCCUUGGCUCAUUCUACAAUGACAAUGUACUGAUCAGACCAACGCAAGUGGUCAGUAUACUUGCUGCUGCACGGUUACUGCAACUGGAAGACCUUAUCCAACAAUGUGAGUCAAUUAUGAAAGAUUCUAUUAGUGCCACAACAGUCUGUAAAUAUUACAUGGGAGCUACUAUGUAUGGCGCCUUGGAUGUAGAAUCUCAAUGCUUGCAAUGGCUACAAAGAAACUUACUUUCUCUGCGAGAAAUUGAUUUGCUCAAAGACAUUAGUUGUGAAUUGAUGGAAAAGAUCGUUGGUUCACCCAAUCUUUGUGUCCUACAAGUUGAAUUAGAUGUAUAUACAUUAGUGAAAAAGUGGUUAUAUCUCCAGUUGUUUCCUGAUUUCGAAGGAGACAUGACCAGUCUCUCAGAACAAAUGGGUUACUUCAAAGGGCUUGCUGAAGGCAAAGAAAACCAUUAUUUUCUGAUGACUAAGGAAGGCCGCAAGUACAUCUCGGUAUUUCGGCAAGUGAGGUUUCACCAUAUUAUCAACGAUAUGCAAUCUGUAAAAACCCUUUAUGCUGACCACAUUGUUUCACCAGAAUGGUUGCAGCCUUACUUCACCUAUCAGUGGAACAAAAUGCUUGCAGUUGACCAAGGGUUAGAUAAAGGACCACAACAACUUUCUGAGGAGGAGUUUAACAAAACAGCUAUGCGAUGUGGAAGAAUUCUACAAAAAAAUGGCAAAUAUUGCUGGCGGUGGACUGGUUACAGCUAUGGCUUUGAUUUACUGAUUAUUCUCACGAAAAGGGGUUUUGUCUUCAAGAGAAACACGCAAAGUCAACCAUACAAUGGAUCUGUUAGUCUACAACCAACCCGGAGAAUAUUUUAUAAGUUUUCUGUUAUGUCUCUUGACAAGAGUGGUAUGGUGACAUAUAGCAAGUCAACUCCUAUACACCGUUUGCGUUUUGUACCUGAUGAGGAUAUACCCAUUCUCACUUUGGAGGAAGCAGCAACAUUUCCUCUCCAUAUCUGUUUCAACGUUGUCUACGUAACACCAUGUGAGACUGUACCUUUACCAACAUUGCCAACCCUUACAAAUGAAGACUGGGACAAGAUAGAUGAUAUUCAAGGCAUGCCAAGCUCUUCAGUUCACCUGGAUUCUACACUCAAUCCUGAGUCCUUAUUAAGCAACAGUUCUGCAGAGUAAACUAGUUAACCUGCCUGAUCUAAUUUCAUCCGCUAAUCCAGGCGAAAUGGCUUCCAUCAAUCUAGUUUAUUUUAUUUUUUUUCCAUGCCUCACCUCCAGCUCUCUCUCUCUGUUCAUUCACUAAAUAUUGUGGUCAUCUAUCACUUGAUUCCUGAUACCAUGUCAACACACUGCAUUCAUUGAAAAGUUAAGUUUAACAUUUUGAUCAAUGCACCACUCACAAUCACAAACAUCAUAUAUAUAUAUAUAUAU